AUGGAGAAAUACAAGGUUGCAAUUAUGUUGCUUUGGGCAUUUUUUGUUGCAGGAGCAAUAUCACUUUCAGAAACUGAAAUUGAAGCCAAAUUGAAACUCCAUAACAGGCCUGCAGUGAAAACCAUCAAGAGUGAAAAUGGAGAUAUUAUUGAUUGCGUCGACAUUUAUAAACAACCUGCUUUUGACCAUCCUGUCUUAAAAAACCACACAAUUCAGAAAAUACCCACAUUUUUUAAAAAAUCACAACAUUCAAGCAUAAAAUACACUUCCAAAAACAACUUUAAGUUGUCUCAGACAUGGCAUAAAAGUGGAAGGUGUCCAAAAGGAACUGUCCCCAUUCGAAGAAUUCAAAAGCAAGAUUUAUUGAGAGCUGCUACGCUAGACCGCUUUGGAUUAAAACAGUCAUCAUCGUUUGUGAAUUCAAAAAACACCACAAUCUCGAAUUUCUCCAAACUCAGUGGUUCCUCCAACGUUGUUUCAGAAGAUCAUUCGGGAGUACAUCUUGCAACAUCAGGAUCAAAUUUUAUUGGUGCAGAAGCAGAUAUUAAUGUUUGGAAUCCAAAAGUUGACCUACCAGAUGAUUCCACCACAGCUCAAAUUUGGCUGAAGGCUGGAAAUGGUAAUGAGUUUGAAAGCAUUGAAGCAGGCUGGAUGGUGAAUCCAGGGUUAUAUGGCAACCAUGACACUAGACUAUUUAGUUACUGGACGACAGAUUCAUAUAAAUCAACAGGAUGUUUUGAUCUCACUUGCUCUGGAUUUGUGCAAACAUCCAAUACAGUUGCUCUUGGUGGUGGCAUAAACCCCAUAUCAUCUGACUCUGGCACACAAUAUGAAUUAAAUAUUGGAAUAUACUUGGAUGAGGUAGGGCAUUGGUGGCUUAAAGAGAAUCAUGACAUACCUAUAGGUUAUUGGCCUGUUGAAUUAUUUACCUCUUUGAAACAUAGUGCCACAUUGGUUCAAUGGGGUGGACAAGUUUUCAGCUCACAAGUCAAGAAAUCUCCCCACACAAAAACACAGAUGGGUAGUGGACAUUUGGCAGAUGAAAAAUAUGGUCAUGCAUGUUAUAUGCGUAAUAUAAGGAUUAAGGAUAAUUCACUUAUGCUUAAAUAUCCAGAAUCUAUAAAUGUAGCUUCUCAAGAACCUAAUUGUUAUAGUGCUUUUAAUGAUGAAGAUGUACAAGAACCAACCUUUUAUUUUGGAGGACCUGGACAAAGUUCCCCCUCUUGUCCUUGA